AUGGCCGAAUUGAACAAGAGGGAUGGAAUCGACACAAUAAAGAGGAGAGCGUACAACCUCGAGGAGGAGAAGCGUCGGCCAGCUCUUCUCCUUGAGAUUGGAGAGCCGAAAUGCCAAAGGGAAGCUCGAGGAGAUGAGUCGCGAGCAAGAACAGCAAGAGCCGGAGAAGAAGACGACGAAAGGAAUCGAGCGCGAAGACGAGCGAAGCCGAGCGAAGCCGUAACUGUUGCUAGGGGGGAAGGAAGAAGACGCGCGCGCGCGCGCGCACAUACACACACACCAGUUAGCAGGCACCAUUGGAAUUCUUCUCUCUUGUUAUGUCUGAAUCUUUUCAAUAUUUUGCAGCUGAUAUCUCUUGAUAUGGGUGCUCUAGUUGCUGGGAGAAUGUACCGAGGUGAGUUUGAAGAUAGACUGAAUGCUGUCUUGAAGGAAGUGAUGGACUCAGAUGGACAAACAAUCCUUUUUAUUGAUGAGAUCCAUACUGUUGUUGGAGCAGGUGCCAGAUAUGGCGCCAUGGAUGCUGGAAACCUAUUGAAGCCAAUGUUAGGCCGCGGCAAGUUGCAUUGUAUUGGUGCAACUGCCUUUGAUGAAUACCGCAAAUAUUUUGAGAAGGACCCAGCUUUGGAACGCCACUUCCAACAAGUUUAUGUUGAUCAGCCUACGGUUGAAGACACCAUCUCCAUACUCCGCGGACUGCGCAAAAGGUAUGAGCUUCACCAUGGAGUUCGCAUCAACGAUAGUGCACUGGUGGAUGCUGCCAUUCUUUCAGAUCGUUAUAUCAGUGGUCGGUUCUUGCCUGAUAAAGCUAUUGAUUUAGUUGAUGAGGCAGCUGCCAAGUUAAAAGUGGAAAUCACAUCCAAGCCAACUGCUUUAGAUGAGAUCAAUCGUUCAGUAAUUAAAUUAGAGAUGGAGCGUCUCUCUCUAACUAAUGAUACAGACAAAGCUUCAAAAGAGAGACUGGCUCGUCUUGAUGCAAAGUUUUCACUCUUGAAAAAAAGGCAGGCUGAGCUUUCCGAACAAUGGGAGCACGAGAAAUCAGCGACGACAUGUAUUGAAUCCAUCAAGGAAGAGAUCGAUAGGGUGAACAUAGAAAUUCAAGAGGCAGAGCGCGACAAUGACUAAAAUCGUGCAGCCGAAUUGAAAUAUGGAAGCCUGAAUAGUUUGCAGCGUCAACUUCAGGAAACUGAAAAGGAAUUAAAUGAAUAUCAGAGUUCGGGGAAAUCAAUGCUCAGGGAAGAGGUUACUGGCAACGACAUCGCUGAAAUAGUUAGCAAAUGGACAGGCAUUCCGGUUUCCAAAUUGCAGCAGUCCGAAAGAGAAAAGCUCCUUCAUUUGGAGGAAGAACUACACAAACGUGUUGUCGGUCAAGAUCAUGCUGUUCGAGCAGUUGCAGAAGCUAUUCAAAGAUCGAGAAUCGGCCUUUCUGAUCCUCAACGUCCAAUUGCAAGCUUCAUGUUCAUGGGCCCCACCGGAGUCGGGAAGACAGAACUUGCUAAAGCUCUCGCUUCGUACAUGUUCAACACUGAAGAAGCUCUCGUGAGAAUCGACAUGAGUGAGUACAUGGAAAAGCAUGCAGUUUCUCGUUUGAUUGGAGCGCCGCCGGGCUAUGUUGGAUACGAAGAAGGCGGGCAGCUGAUGGAAACUGUUAGAAGGAGGCCUUAUGCCGUCAUAUUGUUCGAUGAGAUUGAGAAGGCCCAUUCUAACUUGUUCAAUGUCUUUCUUCAGAUACUCGAUGAUGGUAGGGUGCCUGAUUCACUGGGGCGAAGAGCGAGCUUCACAAAUACGGUGAUUAUAAUGACGUCGAAUGUGGGCUCACAAUACAUAUUAAAUUUGAAUGACGAAAUGGGUUCAGGUGUUUCUGCUUAUGAGUCCAUCAAGCAGAGAGUUAUGGAGGCAGCCCAUGCCAUUUUUCGUCCGGAGUUCAUGAAUCGUGUUGAUGAGUAUAUUGUUUUCCAUCCUUUGGAUCGACAGAAAAUUAACAGUAUUGUGAGGUUGCAGUUGGAACGAGUCCAGAAUCGACUCGCUGACCGAAAAAUCAAGAUUCGAGUCACCGAUGCAGCGGUCAUUCUGCUAGGUAAACUCGGAUAUGACCCUAAUUAUGGUGCCAGGCCAGUGAAGCGUGUGAUCCAGCAGAAUGUGGAGAAUGAAUUGGCUAAGGGUAUCCUCAGAGGAGACUUUAGAGAUGAAGAAAUUAUAGAAGUUGACACAGAACUCACUGCCAUCUCUAAUGGCCAACUUCCCCAGCAAAAGCUGGUUUUCAGAAGCAUGGAAGCAGGUUCUUCCUCAGAUAAGCAGCAAUCGACUGAGACCCAAGAGCUGUAUUACUAAGCAGAUAAUUUUUUUUUGGGGAGUUCUGUUGUUACCUACAGGUAUUGUAUUUUGCAAGAAUAAUUCAGUUGAAACAUAGUUUGUAUUAUGAUCUUCAAAUACAAUAUUAUUUAAGAUCAAAUUUCUGAAACAUGGUUUUGAUUUUGAUUUCUGUUAUGCAAAAGUUUUCAGUUUUGUUGAUUUAAUGGGAUUUAA